GUGAAAUUCACUGCGGAUCUAGUUAACCAGACCUGCACCUUCUUACAACCAUGGUGGUCUUCCGGUAUUUGAACAAGCAUAGAGAGCUGAUCCCUCUGGCUAUGAUUAUGACUACCACUCUGAGCGGAAUGGCAUUCACUGGCAUCAAUGCCCUGAGAAGAUCCGAUAUAACUAUUGAUAGGUGGAACAAUCCUGAACCAUGGGAAAAAGUGGAUCCUACCAAACCCCAAAAGCUGAUUUCAAUCCAUCAGCGAUGGAAGCCCAUUGAAGAGCUGGAGGAAAUCCGAAAACUUACCAAGGGGUGAGAUACCAGCCCCUCCAAACAACACUCUAUGAAUCUAGUGGAAUCACUUCUGCACAAACUAGAGGAUUGAAACCAGUGUGCGGAAAUGCUUCUGCUACAUUUUUAGAGUCUUCCUCCACUAUGUUUUGGACUCUGGAGGAGAUUACUGUUGGUUUUAGAAAUAGCCCAUAUUGUCCCAAAAGAAAAUGUGUUAAAAAGGGCAGCUUCUCGUAUUUGUUUUGAACCAUGCCCUGGAAUGUUGUUUCUUCUAGGAAGACAGAACAGCAUUUCUCAAUGUGUGAGCUUUAAAAAGAGUUGAGUUGUUGGAAAAAAUAUAUUGUAAUUUAUAUUUUCAAUAAACUUGGAAUUUAUCAAGUA